CGACCAAAUCAGAAUACGUGAUACACUCCUAGUUGAUGAAAUAUCGUCUUAAACCCUAACAUAUCACAAAACCCUCAGAGGGAACUGGAUUUCUCAGAUUUUGGAGUUCGCUAUCCUGAGCUUCUGCCGGCAAAAUGGCGGCCGCGGUAAAGGAAACCGUCCAGAGAUUCACCGCCGAGACCCUCAAAGCCGCAAGCAAGCAAUCCACAGGAUGCUAUGUCGUCCCCCUCCGCCUACGACGAGCCAUCAAAAAGUAUAUUCGAGAUCAAGAAGAUCAACACAUGAAGAGGAAGGUGCUGAGGUUGUCAGAAUCCUUCAAUUCUAUCAAGGAUGUUAAUUUGCAGUUAGCUGCAUCAACUGCUAGGGAGCUAAUUGAAGAUCCUCUUAAGUAUGUUGGGUGUUCAAAGAGAUGGAAAAUUAAGAGCAGCUAUGGUGAUAUUGGUCUUAAAUACAGAGAUGACCAAACAAUUGCUUAUGUUGCUUCUCGGAUGCCUGCUGUUUUCUCAGCUUGCCAUAGAGUCCUCACUGAGGUUAAAAGAAGGCUACCUGGUUUUUCACCAACUAGAGUAUUGGAUUUUGGUGCUGGUACUGGUUCUGCUUUCUGGGCAUUGCGUGAAGUAUGGCCAAACUCUCUUGAAAGAGUUAAUAUAGUUGAGCCAUCACAGUCUAUGCAACGAGCAGGUUUAAGCCUUAUAAAAGAUUUGAAGAAUUUGCCACUCAUACAAAGCUAUGGUAGUAUACAAUCACUAAGUCAAAACAUAAGCAAAUCUGAAAGAAAACACGACCUUGUCAUUGCUUCUUAUGUACUUGGGGAAAUACCAUCAUUAAAGGAUAGAAUUACCAUUGUACGCCAGCUGUGGGGCCUUACAGAAGAUGUUCUGGUAAAUUUUAUCCACUUUAAUAACUUCUAA